AUGUGGAACCAACCCCCAACCCCCAUAUCCACCGAAUGGACAGACGGCUCGUCUCAUUCUCAGUCUCAGUCUCAAGGCGACGGCGAGUACGUGAUCGAGAUGGACAAUCUCCCACCACCCAAAUACCCCGAGUCCGCAGCCUGCGCGCAGUCGAUUCACUCUGUCCCGCCUGCAUACGACGAGCGCGAGGAGCACCGACGCCUCUACGAUCUUGAUUCCUCCACUUGUUCGGAUCCUGAGACGCCUGUGCCUGUGUCUGUGUCUGUGGCCGUGCCGCUGGCUGCGAGUACGGCUCGCGUCAUCACGUAUACACCGGUCCGCGUCCACGAGCGAAGACUGAACCGGACCCGGGCCCGGGCCCAGCAACGCACGCCUGCACAAUCUCGAUCCCAAUCGCGCAAGGCUCCCUCCUACUGUUCGAAAUGGAAGACGGUCAUGAAGAUCCUCAUCGUCCUUCUCAUCCUCGCGGCUCUCGGGGGGAUAAUCUACGGGGUGUAUUACGGGGUGACGAAGUCGCACCAGAAGGAUCUUGGUGCUGGGCACCAGCAGGCUCCGAAGCCGGAGGUUCACAGUCCCAAGCCCAAGAAGCCAAAACCGCAGAAGCCAAAGACCCAGAAGCCGAAGAAGCCUAAGCCUGAGAAGCCAAAGCCUGAAAACCCCAAGCCCAGGGAGCAGGCAGUCCAGCCCUACGAAGACAUCUCGGGCAAUGGCUGGUGGCACUGGGUGGUCCCUGCAGGUAAGAGUCAAGCAGAGGGCCACUGGCAGUUUGUGCGCAGGCGGAAGAACGUGCUGGAGAGGCUCUGGGACAGUGUCAAGUCGGAUCUUGAUCUUCCGUGA